AUGGCGUGGUCCGACAUUCGCGACGUUUACCGCGACCUGAUUGUGCGCAAAGUGCUGCCCGCGUUGAAGUCAAGUUGGCGCUGGCCAAGCGGCGUUGAAACGGGAACAGUGUUCUUGCAACAAGACAAUGCGCGUCCGCACAUUGCACCAGAAGACCCAGCGUUUGUCAGUGCAGCGUCAGAUGGAGGUUGGGACAUUCAGAUGCGAAACCAACCACCACAAUCGCCUGACCUAAAUGUUCUCGACCUAGGCUUCUUUAACUCUAUUCAGGCACUUCAGCAAUCCCUCGAGUGUCAGACGAUGGGGGAGUUGAUUGUUUUGCUGUGA